AUGAACAGCUCGAUGUCCGUGAGCCCAUCUGUGGCCAAGCUCACGAAUGCAAACGGGAUGACGCUGAAGGUCCUUGCAGCGAUCCUGCGCAACGCGCCCUACAAGACGCUUCCUUUUGGGGACGCUCGGAGCUGGCCCUUCUUCUACAAGGGCUCCAGUGGUGAGAGGGCUCAGUCCAUGGGGUACCUCAGCGUCGCAGCCAGCGGGGAUGCUUUUUGGGGCGUCACCUGCCCGCCCGGAGCUGUGGUGGUCUCGGAGGAGAAGACGCUCCCCCACUGCCUGGACAUCCGCGCUUCGGACUCACAGGAGGUCCUGUCAGCCUACUCGGGCUCAGCGACGUGUCCUUCUGGCUAUGCCAUCAGCGGAUGGUACAACCUGCCUGGCAUCAAGGUGAAAGGCAACCAGCUCGCAGGAGGCCCGCAAAAUUGGACUGAGCUCAAGGUUUUCUGUCGGAGGACAAGUCUCAUUGGCUUCUGUGACCAACCAUCAAAGCCACAUUGCUCCACGGGUCACAUUGUGAAUGCCGUCAGCUACAGUCAGAACCAGUUCAAGCUGGGCUGCUGUCGUUUCCUUUGGCCCAUGGGCGCAUCGUUGUUGCCCCAGGGGCGGGUCGCGAGACCGUAUCUGAGCUUUGAGGGCUACUACUGCCCCACAGAAAUGGGCUCGACAGGCUCACCCCUCUACGCGAAGACUCCGAUGGGGGCUCUGGGUCAGCCGGGCACCUCCUCGGAUUUUGACUUCACGCUGUCUUGGGACAAGUUCAGUGGGGAUUGGAAUCUGCGCAAAGGGACGGAGACAGUGUAUGCGGUCCACAGCAAUGCCCUCUCGCCCACCGAGAUCCUCAACGGCCCGUUCUCGGCGACGUCCAUCACUUCCCUGACAUCGGAGACGCAGCCGGAGGUCAAGAGCAAGCGUUCUCCGAGGAAGCCCACGUAUCCAACGCUGCAGGAAUUCACAGCCACGGAGCCCGACUACAAGGACUACUGCAAUCCCAAGAUUCUGGAGCAUCCCCAGCUGUUCAAGGGCAAAGUCUCUCGCACGAACCCGUGUUACCACACUUUCAAUGCCGAGAUGGUGCAGGGCAGCGAAGAAAAGGGCAUCUCCGAGAGAUCGUUUUGGAGCUGCAGCAUGCGGUCAAAGGCGCGCACCCGCAUGAAGGGCACUGCCGAUGUCCAGCAGCAGGAGGAGGCACAAAACAUCGCCAAGAAGCAGCGUGCGCUUCUUAUCACGCAGCUAGCUUUGGAGCUGACCAGCGCAAUCGUGGGAGCAAUCCCUAUCGGAAAUCACGGGACCUCGGGCAAAACAGGGGAAGAGAACGUGGGCAAUGAGAUGAAGAACGACAUGAUCGACGAGGAAGUGCAAGCCGGGCAUGAAAAGCAAGUGGCCGAAAUGGGCGAGCAAGCAGAUCCAAUCCAGAAAGUCGACGCUGAUGAAGAAGGAGGGUGGGACGAACUCCCGUUUCAUGAUUAUGAUGAGGAUGAGCAGUUCUCAGAGCAAGACGCUGAUAUCGGCAAGAAAGAGGCCGAGAAAGUCAACAAGAAAGAGCCGCGAUCCAAACAGGCCUGGAAUGGACUCGUCAACUUCAAAAACCGGUUUUCGCAGGAUAACCUCGAAGACGGGUUCGCCGCAUUUGCCAAAGUCUUCGAAAUCGCUCAAGCGCCGUGGAAGUCGUCGUCCUCGGAUUCGAGCUCCGAAAGCAUGCUCAGCCGCCUUAAGGAGAUCAAAGCGAAGACGUUGCCCACGUACGAGGAAACAGAUGACCAAGUCCUGUACAACAAGAAGCUUGUCGAUGCGGACUGGGCAGAUUGCUUGCCUUUGCAAUACGGGCUGUCGAAGGUGAUGUGCGACCUCUUUUGCCUACAGGACUCCGUCCGUGCUGGAACCUCUGCAGUCUUGGAGAGCCUCCAGGACUCGCACAAUAUCCUGAUGCAGAAUCUGGAGGCCUUGCUUGACUACCAGACGAGCUACAUCCUUUGGGCUCUCUACAGCGCGGCUGCUUCGGCGAAGCAGGAUGCCGAUGGUCAAGACGAAGCGCUGCCAGAAGCCAGCGCCCUGCUUGCAGGGCUGCGGCAGAUCGACUUCAAGGACGUGCAGGCGACGGCGCCCAGACUUUCUCGAGACAUCCUCCAGUGGCAUCAAGCAACAGGAGAGAAUCUCUACAACCGCCUAGCGUCCCUGACGGUCAACGCCUCCAAACAGAGCUGGCCCUUGCGUGUGAAGGCCGCCCGUGGCAUGCUGCACCACUUCCAGGCAAGCUUUCAGCAGCGCCUACGGCUUGGAGCCACCGAAGGCCCAAUGGCAGACAAGAUGCGGCUCUUGCGGGAGGACGCGGCGUCGCAGCACAAACUCACAAUCAAGGCUCAGAUGUUGAAGUUCGACCUCAGUUUGGAGUCUUCGCCUUCGUACCUGGUCGAAGCCCUCCUGCGAUGUCACGAGAAGCACAGCACCUACGUGAUGCUGCAUUCAAAAGCGCUGCACCAAACGGACUCAGCUGUGGCCGCAGCACAGAACUUCACGAAGUGUGACGCUGAUACCCAGGCCCUGCAGCAAGCCUGGCAACUGGCUGUCCGAGCAGAGGAGCGGAGCCAGGAGGUCUUGAUCGAGGCAUGGGCGGCCACCGUGACCGGUGCGGACAGCAUUGCAACGGCCUUGAAAGAUGAGCAGCUCCUCUCCUUCUUCGGGGAUGAGCAGCUCCUUUCCUUUCUUGGAGAGUGGGCCAAGGACGUGGAGGUGGAGGUGACCUGCCAGAACGCCACAGUGCUGGCUUUGCAAAGCCAGGCUCUUGCCGCCACUGCUCUGGAUCGCACGGCGUGGGCGUUGAUGCAGGAGGUGGUCACUUUCCAGGCCUUGGCGCUCUACCAACAGCAGCAGCUGAAGAAGAAGCGCUUAGAGCAUGUGGCCCUGCCAGAUACCUGGGAGGCGCUGAAGAUCGCCCUCCUGGCUGCGGCGGACCCCAGCCAGCCCCUGGGGCAGAGGCUGGCCGCGUCAGCGCUGCAGGCGCUCGGCUCGGAGUUCUGCCCAUCGCCGCCGGGCUGCGCCCACGGAAUUGUCGUGGGCAGCAAAGUGGGCGGCGCCGUCCCCUGCGCGCACGCCGGGGACGGAGCACAUGUGCUGCCCAAGCACUUUGCCUCCAAGCUCAUUCAGGAG